AAAAACGCGUCUCUAACUUUUGUUUUGUUUGUCCUUUGUAAAUAAAUUAAAAUUUUAAUUAAACAUAAAAGUUAUUUAAUUAUAUCAAUUACAAAUUAAUUCAUAUUGAAAAAAAGAUAAAUAUAAAAUGUCAUCAGCUGAAUCCUCCGAUUCCCAAGAACAUCAAGAAUGUAUUCUCAAAUGCAAAGGAGCUAAACAUUUCUACACCUUACCAAAAAAAGCCUAUAUGCGGAGUUUGUGGAUUUACAAACUUCAUAUAGAUGGUGAGGAAUAUUACCCAAAUCCCUUUGUGUGUGAUAAACAUUUUUCCGAAAAAAUGUUCUCAUCACCUAACAAACUUACAGCCAUUGCUGUACCCGAUAUGAAUCUACCAUCGGAAUUAGAUUCAAAUAAAGGAACAAAAGUUCUUUCUCCAACUAAAUCUCGUCAAAAAAGAACAGAAUUAAGAAAGCCUCAAGUCAACAAUGUUCAGUCAAAAUCAUCGCUACCAAUAACACAAGCUGCUCCUAAAAUCAUGAAUAAUAAUUCGAAACCCGUUUCGAAAUCAACACAAAAUUGGAUUAAUGAUUCUUCCAAUUUGCUUGUUGAUUAUCAGUUAAAAGUUCAGGGCAAACAUCUGUGUGAUGUUAUAGAAAUUCCCCAGUACAUUGUCGUUUUUACUGUCGUCAAAAACAAAAAAAAUAAAAGGAUUCAAUCAAACGAUAAACGAGCCAUUAAAUCUGUAAAAGUGGCUAAACCGCCUGUUCACAUUACAGAGACUAUUACAAUUGACGAUGAUGAUUAUGAUGAAAUGCCAAGAAUUAUUUCCUCAAUACCAGCAAAUAAAACAAUAGCCAACCCUCCAGCAGUUGAAAAACCAAUAGUUUCAGAAGUCAUUCAGUUAAAGCCUUCAAUUUCGCUUCCGAAACCCAAAAAACCAGAGCCGGAAAUAGACAUUGUUUAUUACACGACAGAGGAAGCAGCUCCCAGACGUGAUCGGGCACUUCAAGUAGAUUUUUCGAGCAAUCAAAUUGAAACCGGCAUCCAAUGCGACUUCCAACUGGAACAUGAUCUCCUUGAAAUGUCUUACAACGCUGAAUUGUAUUGGGCGCAAUCUCGUUUAAAAGAUAAAAACCCUCAAAUGAAUAUGGACGAAUGUCUUGCUUGUGGGGAAAUAGUAAAAAGCAAAGCAUUGAAAGCGAGACAUGCUCAGGGACAUGAAAUAAGAUCGUCAAUGUGCUGCCAGUGUGGCGUCAUGUUUGAUAAUCCCAUCAAAUUGAAAGAUCAUGAAAAAAAUGUUCAUUCAAAUAGUUUUUGUGGUUCAAAAAAGCCACAACGUUGUCCAAAAAUUAAUUGCAACAAGGCUUUUAUUUCGAAGAAACGAUUAAAUAGGCACAUUCAGGAACAUGUUGAAGCAAAACAACAUAAAUGCAAUAAAUGUUCAGAGUACUUUAGUUCUGCAAUGAAAUUGAUUUGUCAUCAGAAAGCCCUGGACAAAUGUUUAAGAACGAGAGGAUGGACAUCAAGAAGAUGGAGUAAAAGGGUGUAACUAUUGCUAUUAUAAGUUUUAUUUUAUUUUUGAAGCAAUAAAACAAAAAGAAAAAUAAA